GAAAGCACGUGUUUCGAGUUGUUAUUUUGACUAUGCAAAAUGGUAGCAUGCCACGCCAACCGGCUUUUGGUGGGCCGCGUUGUUAAGUAGCGAAGUUGGAUUGGCAGUCGCUCCACUCACCUGUCUCGGAAAGGACUUUCUGCUGAAGGGUUUAAUAGUUUUGUUGAUUGGAUUAUUCGAUUUUUUUCCGUGGAAUAGAUCGGUAAUUAGUGAAAAAAAUACUAGAAAUCUAUAAAAGCAAACAGUAAAAGAUGUCCUUCGAGCUAGAUAAGCGUUCGAUUUAUGAGAGACGUCGAAACAUCCUGUACCUGAUAUCCAACUAUUUAUCCCUGAUGGGGUUGGAACAAUCACGCCAGGCCCUGCUUGACGAAACGCGUCUAACGGAUGAAUUCGAAAUUUGCGACAACAUCGACCUAGACACUAUCUAUCAAGAAUAUUCCAGCUAUUAUUUGCUUAAAUUUGGGAAACUCCCCAGAGUUGUAAAGAAAAAUGAGUCUUUAUCAUCGCAAUCGACGGCGACAAUUUCUGCUCAGCGCAGACCGUCUGGCGGUCGAAAACGUUCCCAAGCUCCGGCUGCUCGAAUUCAACCACAACCUCAAAUCACUUCGAGAGCCGAACCGGAACCGGAAGCACUGAGUUUCAAUCUUAUGGUAUCGCAGCUGGGUAAACCGGAACCACAACUGCCAUCACCAAGUAAGUCUUGCUCUAUGCUGACUCAAUCGUCAGCAAAUAGUAGCGAGGCAAAUGGAGUGUCUCCCUCAAAUCAUCCGGUGGAAAAUGGAGCAGCGCAGAAUGCGGCCGUAAACUUGAAACCCUUACUGAGGUUACAUGAACAUUUUUCCAGUGAGUGGAAAGAGUUGGCCGAUAUAGUUUGCAGAGACCUCAUCAAAAAAGACCUAAACCACCGGUGGCACCAGAUAAAGGGACAAAACACGGCCAUCAAGCUGUUGCAAGAAAGCGUUCUAACACCACUGAAAUAUCCGGAACUGUUUGUCGGUCUAGCAAAACCAUGGCGCUGCAUCCUACUACACGGACCACCCGGAACGGGUAAAACCAUGCUUGCUCGGACGCUCUGUUCAGAGUCACGGGAGUCGAUAACGUUUUUCAAUGCCACUGCUAGCACCUUGAUUUCCAAGUGGCGCGGCGAGUCGGAAAAGCUCGUGAGGGUGCUGUACGAUGUUGCACGAUUUUACGCACCGUCGAUCAUUUUUAUAGAUGAGUUUGAUGGGUUGGCUUCGAGGAGAGAUUCGAUUGGGGAACAUGAAGCUUCUAAGCGGUUCAAAAAUGAAUUUCUUUCAUUGAUAGAUGGAUUGGAUCAGGGGGGAUGCGAGGAAGAACGAGUUUUUCUUUUGGGGAGCACUAAUAUUCCAUGGGAUAUUGAUGCCGCUUUUUUGAGGCGAUUCGAAAAGAAAAUAUUGAUCGACGUACCGGAUGCUGAAGGAAGGCGGGAGAUUAUAAAUGAUUUGCUACCGAUUUCUUGCGUAUGGGAUACCAGGCAGAUGGAGGAGUUGAUUAAGAUGACGGAAAACUUCACUGGAGAUGAAAUUAGGGUUGCUUGCAAGGAAGCUUCGAUGAUGAAGAUUCGUGAGAAAAUAGAACAAAGUUCGUUACAACAAAACAAAAGUACUUCGAUAAGCCAGGACGUUGGCUUUGAACAGCUACAAAAAGCUCUUGAGCUACAACAACCGGCGUCGUGCAAUCUGAUUGAAAAACAUCGCGAAUGGAAUCGAAAAUUCGGCAAUCAAUCCUAAAGCUUCCGGAAUAAAUUUCUCAAUAAUAAAAUUAAGCAUAUGGGUAAGCAACUUUUAAUACUAGUAUAUUCGCGUUUUAAUUGUAUCUCUUAAGA